GAUACCAGCACAUCCUUCAGAUACACACAGAAACAGAAGACAGAACCAGAGAACUCAGAACUGAGAUUAAGAGAGAGAGAGAGAAAAUGGAGACAGUUGUAGCAGCAAAACCAAUAAUUAAAGUGGCGGCUCUAUGUGGGUCUCUUCGUAAAGCCUCGUACAACCGUGGCCUAGUUCGUUCAGCAAUCGAGCUGAGCAAGUCCAUCAAUGGCUUGGAAAUAGAGUACAUAGACAUUGAACCUUUGCCUAUGCUCAACACUGAUUUAGAGGGAAAGGGAACUUUCCCACCAACUGUGGAAGCUUUCCGCCAGAAAAUUAAAGAAGCUGAUAGCAUUCUCUUUGCCUCGCCCGAGUACAACUUCUCAGUCUCAGCACCUCUGAAGAAUGCAAUUGACUGGGCAUCUAGACCACCAAAUGUUUGGGCUGAUAAAGCAGCUGCAAUUGUAAGUGCUUCAGGAGGUUCUGGUGGAAGUCGGUCACAGUAUCACCUUCGCCAAAUAGGAGUUUUUCUAGAUCUUCAUUUCAUCAAUAAACCUGAGUUCUUCUUGAACGCACACGAACAUCCUGCAAAGUUUGAUGGCAAUGGUAACCUGGUUGAUGAAUCAUUCAAGAAGAAGUUGAAGGAAAUUCUUAUAUCCUUGCAGAGAUUUACUUUGCGCCUCGAAGGAAAGCUCUGAGAAACAAUUUGUUAUUCUUUGAUGAAAAUUGAUAAGUGAUUUGGUAUUUACUAUGCUGGCAUUA